UUUGUCUAUUGACUACCAAAACGAUUGCAUAAUUGAGUGAAUGGUUUACAAAACGCUAACAAUUUAAUAGCAAUUAGUUUUGUGCUUAAAUCCCAGCGUUUAGUGUGUAUUACACACCCAUUGGACGCUCACUAUUAACACCCAUUUGACGGCCGAUUCACAUAUAAUUCACACGUUUUUGUGAUUUUAUAUUUUGUUUCAUAUAUUUUGAGCGCAUUUUAGCCGCAAUUAGUCGUCGAUAAUAGCGAUCACUGUCUUCGCCCGUCAUCGCCAUCACCGCCGCGAAGACAUCGACCGUCGAGACCAUCGCCAGCGGGUAUCAGACAUCGCCGGCGGAUAUGUUGAACCAAAUGAACGGCGAUAUGGAGACCAAUGCGUUGGAGUCGUCGCUGCAAACCAAUGGCGAGCCGCAGAUGAAGCGAAUUAAAGCCGAAGAUGACGCAUCGGUGGCCGACCUGACGGCCGCCCAACAGACUGGCCUCCUGUUGGCGGGUCCCGGCGCUCUGCGGGCCUCGGAAAUAGCGGCCGGUCUCGUGAAGCUCUCUGCGGAUCAGCUGGAAUUGGUGAGCAAAGCCAAGAAGUACGCGAUGGAGCAGUCGAUUAAGUCGGUGCUCGUGAAGCAGACGAUAGCCCAUCAGCAGCAGCAACAGAAGUCGCUGCAGAGGCACCAGGCGUUGGUACUCAUGUGCCGCGUAUACGUCGGUAGCAUCAGCUUCGAGCUCAAGGAGGACACCAUACGGCAGGCGUUUGUACCGUUCGGACCGAUAAAGUCGAUAAACAUGUCGUGGGAUCCGAUCACUCAGAAGCAUAAGGGCUUCGCGUUCGUCGAGUACGACCUCCCGGAGGCGGCGCAGCUGGCGUUGGACCAGAUGAAUGGGGUGAUGAUCGGCGGCCGCAACAUCAAAGUGGGCCGACCCUCGAACAUGCCUCAGGCGGCGCCCAUCAUCGAGCAGCUCCAGCACGAGGCCAAGUCGUACAACAGGAUCUACAUCGCGUCCAUACACCAGGACCUGAGCGAAGCGGACAUACAGUCGGUGUUCGAGGCGUUCGGGCGGAUCAAGUGCUGCAAACUGACGCCCAGCCAAUACCCGGGUAAGCACAAGGGCUACGGGUUCAUAGAGUACGAGCAGAACCAGUCGGCCACCGACGCCAUUGGGUCCAUGAAUCUGUUCGACUUGGGCGGGCAGUACCUGCGCGUGGGCCGCGCCAUAACGCCGCCCAACUGUUUCGACGGUCCGGGGGCACCGCCGCCCAGCACUAUGCCUACGGCGGCGGCGGUGGCUGCGGCCGCCGCCACGGCUAAGAUACAGGCGAUGGACGCCGUGGCGAGUCUCGGGCCCAACCAGAACGGCAACGGCGCGACGAUACCGCCGCCCGUGUUAGCGCUUCCCACGCCCAUAGGGCUGACCACCGGCUCGGCGGCCGCCCUCAGCAUCGCUUCCAAUCCCAUG